AUGGGAGACAGACGCGGAAACCCGAAGAGGAUCGAGAACUUUGCAAACGUCGUGAAGGCCUACACCUCUCACUACGGCAAGAAUGAUGACCAGACCACUGUGACCGAGGAGGAACGGAAGACAAGACAAGCGGCGGCGGCAGAGAUUGCUGAUUCAUACUACGACUUCGCCUCGGCGGCGUAUGAGAACGGCUGGUCCACCCACUUCCACUACACGCCCUUCCCACCUUCAUUCCCGCCGGGCGAGAGCACAAUCGCUACGGCGCUGUCCUUCUACGAGCACCGCCUCGCCUUCCUCAUGGACCUGAAGCCGCACAUGAAAGUCCUCGACGUGGGCUGUGGGAUCGGCGGUCCCGCGCGGGAAAUCGCAAAAUUCGUGGGCUGUGAGAUCGUGGGCGUGAGUAUCAACCAGGGCCAGAUUGAUCGCGCCAUCUACUUGACGAGGAUGGAGGGUUUGCAAGAUAAAUGCACGUUCGUCAGAGGAGAUUUUCUCAACCUCCCCUUUGCCUCCUCCUCCUUCGACGCCGCCUACUCCAUCGAAGCCACCGUGUACUCGCCCUCCCUUUUGCGCGUGUACAGCGGGAUAUCGCGUGUACUCAAGCCGGGGGCCGUGUUCGGCCUCUCCGAAUGGGUCAUGACACCGAAAUACAACCCGCACGACAAGGAGCACGUGGGCAUCCGGAAUCGGAUCGAGAGAGGGAACGCGCUGACCAUGAACACGAGCGAUCAGGCCCGGGAGGCGAUGAGAGGGGCCGGGUUCGAGAUCCUGCACGAAGAGAAUUUCGCGGCCCAUUUCGACUACACAAAGAGCCUCAUGGAGGAUUCAGCCGCCGCCGGCGGAGUGGGAAAGAGGAAGGGGAGGAGGGUGCAAAGACAGGAACCCCCAGAUCUGGAUCCUCACCAAAGCCCCGUCCUCGUACCCUUCAAGUCCUUCUCUUGUGGCUCCGGCUCCGACGACAUGGUAUCUCUCCGCCCAGCCCCUCCCCCCUCCUCACCUUUCCCAUCCCCCCUCCCGGUGCCACCGACGACCUACCGACCAUGGUUCUGGCCUUUCGUCAGCGCCACGCACCUAGCAACAACCUGGACCGACUACUGGACGGUGUGGAAAAUGUCAAAGUGGCCGCGCCGCUGUUGCUACUGGAUGGUCUGGAUCGGCGAGCGCGUGGGCCUGUGGGACAAGGGUGUCACCGACGCCAUGAUCACGCUGGCCUACUGCGUCGACAGUACCACCGAGGCGGGCAGGGAGGAGAUUUUCAGCCCGUGUUGGUGGUUCAUCGGGCGCAAAGUUGGAGAUGGAGACGGCGAGAAUAUACAACGAGACGCGUAG